CUGUCUUCUCUCGUUUCAUUCAAAAUUGCAAAUGGCGUAGACGGGAGAACUGUGUCAAACGGCGACGUCCAUCAAUAUUUUCCCAAUUUUUCCGAAAUUCCAUUCGUAUUCAAGCACGAGAGCGAUUGAUUAAGGCGUGCAGUUUUCCGUUCUAUUGUAAUGCGCAUUAAAAUCGGCCGCCGCGUGUCCGGAAUGCCGUGAAAAUUGGCGAAAAGAAGAAAUUGUUGGUGCAGUGAAAUUCUGUGAAUGCUGUUCUCUGUGUAUGUCAGGUGUUUAUGCGAGUGAACGAGGUUUUCCGUCUUAAUUUUUCGCCGUCCCGGGAGGAAAUUGUGUCGUGUUUGCGGCGCUGAUCUUGCCGCAAUUCGCUGUUGUGUGUGGCUUUCCUGGUUUGCCGACAAUUUUGUGGUCCCUGUGCGGUGGCGAGUGAAUUUGCCGUGCCUGUGACAAGUGUAUUGUGUCGCGACACUCACGUCGUUGUUUUGUUUUUGUUUCGCUUAACGCCUGUAAAUUGGGGCACCAGCCAGCGGAAGUGCACGGGGUACACGGCGACACUGGAGAUUUGGCCGAGCACUGGCAGCUGAGGAUUUGUUGGCUUGGCGGCGGUUGGACUGAACGCGAGGGAGGAUGGCGCACGGAACGAGCCUCCUCAGCUCGGAUAUUUCGCGGCGGAAUCCGCAGGAUGAGUACGAGCUCAUUCAGAAGAUUGGCUCCGGCACGUAUGGCGAUGUUUACAAGGCAAAACGUAUCCAGAGCAACGAGUUGGCUGCCAUUAAAGUGAUCAAAUUAGAACAAGGCGAUGAUAUCCAAAUUAUUCAACAAGAAAUCAUUAUGAUGAGAGAUUGUCGACAUCCCAAUAUCAUAGCCUACUAUGGAUCAUAUCUGCGUCGUGAUAAGCUCUGGAUUUGUAUGGAAUAUUGUGGGGGUGGUAGCUUGCAGGAUAUCUAUCAAGUAUCGGGACCGCUUACGGAAAGACAAAUCGCUUAUAUGUGUCGCGAAACGCUUAAGGGUCUCGAGUAUCUACAUUCGAUGGGUAAAAUGCAUAGAGAUAUUAAGGGAGCGAAUAUUUUGUUAACCGAAAACGGUGAUGUGAAAUUAGCCGAUUUCGGAGUAUCAGCACAAAUUACGGCAACGAUAAACAAGCGAAGAAGUUUUAUAGGUACACCAUAUUGGAUGGCACCAGAAGUUGCAGCCGUAGAACGAAAGGGUGGCUACAAUCAACUAUGUGAUAUUUGGGCAGUCGGUAUAACCGCCAUAGAACUAGCAGAAUUACAACCUCCAAUGUUCGACUUACAUCCGAUGCGGGCAUUGUUUUUAAUGUCAAAAAGUGGUUUUAAACCACCAACGCUUAAAGAUAAAGACAAAUGGAGUCCAACAUUCCACUCAUUUAUAAAAACUGCACUAACAAAGAACCCCAAGAAACGUCCCACAGCCGAACGUUUAUUGCAACAUCCGUUCGUUCAGAGCGAGAUGUCGAUGAAUGUAGCGAAGGAAUUAUUACAAAAGUAUUUGAAUCCUCCAAAUCAAUUUUAUUUUUAUUCAGAUGGUGAUGAUGAGGCCAUCGCUAAUGUACCACAAAGAAUAGCCAGCAAAAUGACAUCAAGGCAAAAUGGUAUUUCACCGCAAAAUCACACACUAAAAUCAGCGCCAACAUCAAGCCAAUGGAAUGAUCGAUCAUCUAGUCCUGAAACACUACCAAGUGACAUGAGUCUUUUACAAUAUAUUGACGAGGAGCUCAAGCUCAGAGCAACGCUUCCUAUGUCGGAUACCAAAGAUUUGCUAACGACGGACUGUACAUGUCCUCAUUCGUUGAAUAAUAUUAAUCAGAAUGGUGGAUCAACAACGACAAAUGCAUCAUCAAAUUUGAUGCGAACUAAUUCGACCAAUGAUGCCACCACUGGUAAUGGAAUUGUCUUAGGAACGCCGACGAAUUUAAGUAGUCGGGGUGGUAUGAGUGGCAGCGGCAACGGUGGGAGUGACGUAAUCGGUGAUAAUUCGAAUGGUGUGCCUAUAAAUGCAACAACUGCAAUUAGUAACGAUGGAAGAAUUAAUAUGAACUAUAUGAAUAAUGGUAGUGAUGGAUACAAUAAUGGUGAUAGCUGUGAUUAUAGGAAUGAAAAUAAUCAGAAUGGACAUGAAGACUCGCCGCGUCGUCAUAGUUCUAUGGACCAAUUAAUGGGGCUCUUAAAUGAAAUGGGCAGCACUUCGCGACCCCGCACGCUGAGUGAUAGUGGAAGGCGAGAAGAUGUGGAAAAAGAAGCUCAGCCUGAUUUACUGAAUGAUACACGUCCCGUGCCUCCGAAGCGACUGCAUCGUCCACGUAAAAAUACACCGCCACGUCCUAUUUCCAAUGGUCUGCCCCCAACUCCGAAAGUACAUAUGGGUGCAUGUUUUUCGAAAAUUUUCAAUGGUUGUCCACUGCGGAUACACUGCACAGCGUCUUGGAUACAUCCAGAAACCAGAGAUCAACACUUGAUUAUUGGCGCCGAAGAGGGUAUCUUUAAUUUGAAUAUGAACGAGUUGCAUGAUGCAGCAAUCGACCAGAUAUUCCCGCGACGGACUAUGUGGUUGUACGUUAUAAAAGAUGUUUUAAUGAGUUUAUCAGGAAAAUCAAGUCAAUUAUAUCGACACGAUUUACUAGCUUUACAUUCAAAACAAACACACCGAUUCUCCUUGCAUAUGAAUAAGAUUCCCGAAAGACUUGUUCCACGUAAAUUCGCUCUGACCACGAAGGUCCCGGAUACCAAAGGAUGCACGCAAUGUUGUGUAACACGAAAUCCCUACAACGGUUAUAAAUAUUUAUGCGGAGCAUUACCCACUGGUAUAUUCCUUAUGCAGUGGUACGACCCACUAAAUAAAUUCAUGUUGCUGAAACAAUGCGAAUGGCCAACGAGUAAUUUGAAUAUGUCGAAUCCGGCACACAAUGGCGGCCACACGUCCGUUUUUGAGAUGAUUAUUACGCCGGAAUUGGAGUAUCCAAUAGUUUGUACAGGAGUGCGGAAAGCCAAAAACGAUUGUUUGAAAUUGGAGCUCAUCAAUAUGAACAGUGCCAGCUGGUUCCAUUCGGACGAAUUGGAGUUUGAAGGUACCGCCACAAUGAUACCACGACAUGACUUCAUCAAAGUCGUGAAAGUCCAUCAAAUCGAAAGCGAUGCGAUUUUAGUCUGUUAUGGAAAUGUUAUACAAAUAGUCACGUUACAGGGCAAUCCGAAACAGCACAAGAAAAUGUUGCCAAAGUUGAAUUUUGACUUUAAUAUUGAGAGCAUAGUGUGUUUACCUGACAGCGUUUUAGCUUUCCACAAGCAUGGCAUGCAGGGCAAGUCAUUGCGAAAUAGUGAGAUCACACAAGAGAUAAAAGACAUGAGUCGAACAUAUAAGCUUCUGGGAAGCGACAAGGUCGUAGCUCUUGAAAGUCAGCUCCUACGAACUGGCUCAUUGGGCAGCGAGGAAGGUCAUGAUUUGUACAUAUUAGCUGGCCACGAAGCCAGUUAUUAAUUUUAUCCUCCCAAAAUGUUUUAGAAUCCAAACGCUAUUUCAAUUUGUGAGAGAAGAGUGAGAAGAGAGAGAGAGAGAGAGGGGAGUGAAAUAUCUAACAAAACGCAUUAACUAUCGACACAAAUUAAAAUUAAUGUUAAAAAAGAAUAAAAUUGUAAAAUAGGUCACGUAAGAGCUAACAAAUAAACAAAUGAUACGACACAAAGGAAAGCGAUAAAGAAAUUAAACUUGCGUCAAACAGAAGUCCGCGUUGUAUUUUUCAUUAGGGCGUAAAGAAGGCAUCAAUGAAAUUUAAUGAAAACAAAGAAAAUUCACACAAAUUCGACAAAACUAUAAACAUAUAUAUUUUUUAGAGAAAUGAAUGAAUAAAAGGGACUUUUCUGUAUGAAUGUAGGAUUAUGGUAAUCUGCGCUAAAAUACUACAUACAAAUAUUUAAAUCCAGAUUAAACUAGAGCAGCCCAAACGUGUUAUGUUCUAUGUAAUUGAGUAACACUACGAAAACACUGAGGAGUAUAUAGAGCAGAUUUAAUAGGAUUCAAAGUAAUUAUAAAUAUAAUUAUCUAUUAUAUACAUGUAUAAUUACAAAUAAACGAAAUCUUAUUAGUAUAUUUUUCAAAGCAGAAUAAAAAUGAAACUGAAGAAACCUAUCCUACCUAAAAAUAUACAUUUAAAUGUAGUAAUAUAAAAUUAUUUUUAAAAAGUAACAAACAAUAAAAAAAAGUAUAUAAAUCCCUUCUAUUUUUAACAAAACAAAAACUAGCUUCUAAGAAAGUUCUACGAAAUCGAUGGGUACAUUAUGAAUAAAAAAUUAUAUAAGACAGAGAAUGGAAAACACAAGAUUUGUGGUGAAAUUUCCAACCAAAAUUCACUGAGGGAAAUUUCUGAAAAGGGACAAAACAGAGCGGUUCGAAUACUAAUAAUAUUUGAGAUUAUUAACGUUGCGAUGUGAUUUGGUUUUUGUCUCUCAAUUUCUACUUAGAGCGGGGUCCACAAGAUCCCCCGGAAAGAAAACAAUAGAUCACAAAAGCGAAAUUAAUUUCCAUCCUUCAAUUCCGUUUUGUAAUUCUUUUUUACCGAACGAAUCUUCUGUUUCUUUAUUGUUGUGUUAAUUCCUCUAUUUUAUAAGCAAAAAGGAGAGAAAAAAAAUUGAUCAUAACAAUUAUCUGACUUCCUUGUUUUGAUUUCCAAUUCAUUGCAUUUAUAUCCAUUAAAUUAUAUUAUUCUGUAACAAAUUGUUUUUAUUAGGUUGACUAUUAAUUUAAUUCUUUUUUUUUUAAAUUUACCAUAAAAAAAAA